GCUGCCUGCAGACGCGGCUCCGGGCUAGAGCCGGCGGAGCGGAGCGGGCCUCGCCCUCCUUGCCUCCUCCGACAACCGGCGGCGCGCCGCCUGCCCGGCCGGCCGGGGCCCCGCGCCCCAGCGUGAGUCCAGCAGCCUCCCAGCGGCGGCGCCCAACUUUCCCUCCGUUCCGGGCGGGGCGGGGACGGCAGCGGGACAUCUUGGUAAACUUCUCCGGGGCAGACGGCAGGGAGCCCGGGUGCCGGUGCAAGAGGAUGUAGGAGGGCGGUGGCCGGCCCCGGGCGUCCCCCGCCCUCUUGGCCCCUUUCGGCCUGGCCAUGGGGCUCCAGCACCUUCAGCUCAGCCAGGGGGUCGACACCCUCGUCUAGCCGACCUGGGUGGGAAAGCGCUGUCGCCGGCUGUGCACGCGCUGGGCGAGCAGCGCCCCUUCUGGCCGCGUCCGGCCCCGCCAUGGACCACCAGGAGCCCUACUCCGUGCAGGCCACUGCGGCCAUCGCGGCGGUCAUCACCUUCCUCAUCCUCUUCACCAUCUUCGGCAACGCGCUGGUCAUCUUGGCUGUGCUGACAAGCCGCUCGCUGCGAGCCCCGCAGAACCUGUUCCUAGUGUCGCUGGCCGCCGCCGACAUCCUGGUGGCCACGCUCAUCAUCCCUUUCUCGCUGGCCAACGAGCUGCUGGGCUACUGGUACUUCUGGCGCACCUGGUGCGAGGUGUACCUGGCGCUCGACGUGCUCUUCUGCACCUCCUCCAUCGUACACCUGUGUGCCAUCAGCCUGGACCGCUACUGGGCCGUGAGCCGCGCGCUGGAGUACAACUCCAAGCGCACCCCGCGCCGCAUCAAAUGCAUCAUCCUCACCGUGUGGCUCAUCGCAGCUGUCAUCUCGCUGCCGCCCCUCAUCUACAAGGGCGACCCGGCUCCGCAGCCCCGAGGGCGCCCCCAGUGCAAGCUCAACCAAGAGGCCUGGUACAUCCUGGCCUCCAGCAUCGGAUCUUUCUUUGCACCCUGCCUUAUCAUGAUCCUUGUCUACCUGCGGAUCUAUCUGAUCGCCAAGCGCAGCCACUGCAGAGGUCCCAGGGCCAAGGGGGGCCCUGGGGAGGGGGGGUCUAAGCCGCCCCACCCUGUCCCUGGGGAAGUUUCAGCCUCGGCCAGAUUGCCAACUCUGGCCUCUCAACUGGCUACUGCUGGAGAGGCCAAUGGAUGCUCCCAGCCCACUGGGGAGAAGGACGAGGGGGAGACCCCUGAAGACCCUGGGACCCCCGCCUUGCCACCCAGCUGGCCUGCCCGCCCCAGCUCAGGCCAGGGUCAGAAGGAAGGUGUUUGUGGGACAUCUCCAGAGGAGGGGGGGGCUGAAGAGGAGGAGGAGGGGGUGUGUGAGCCGAAGGCCUCGGCAGCGUCUCCCGCCUCAGCUUGCAGCCCAUCCCUGCAGCAACCACAGGGUUCCCGGCUGCUGGCAACCCUACGUGGCCAGGUGCUCCUGAGCAGGGGCAAGGGCACUGCGGGGGGGCAGUGGUGGCGGCGGCGGACGCAGCUGACCCGGGAGAAGCGGUUCACGUUCGUGCUGGCCGUGGUCAUCGGCGUCUUCGUGCUCUGCUGGUUCCCCUUCUUCUUCAGCUACAGCCUGGGUGCCAUCUGCCCUCAGCACUGCAAGGUGCCCCACGGCCUCUUCCAGUUCUUCUUCUGGAUUGGCUACUGCAACAGCUCGCUGAACCCUGUCAUCUACACCAUCUUCAACCAGGACUUUCGUCGUGCCUUCCGAAGGAUCCUUUGCCGCAAGUGGACCCAGACGGCCUGGUGAGCCCGCCUGCCCGCUGCCCAUGUGGGGUUGGUGCCAGGGCCACCCUGCUUCUUGCCCCGUUGUAUGUGGCCACCUCCCUAGGGCUUUCUGGUCCCUUCCCUGGUCCUGCAGGCCUCAUCCCGGGAACCCCCUCGGAGGGGCAGGGUCUAUUUGAAGCCUCCCCUUGCUGGCUUGGCCGUGAGGGGCCAUCUUCUCCACCCCCUGCCUGUGCACAGGCAGAUGGAUGAGGCUUGGACCUUCCUGAAUGUGGCCGCGGCCAGGCUCCCUCGCAGAACCCCAGACCCCUGCAAACCUUGAGGACCCUGUGUUUUCUGGUUGAUCACUUGCUUGUGGCGUUUUGUAUCUUUCUCAUCUUCCCCUUGAAAAGAGCAGGAAGCCAGCCUUCCGCUUCUUCCAGGAGGGCCUGCUGCUGAGGAAGGGGCAGAAACGAUGAUGGGCAUCCGUGCCGUGUGCCCGUGGUCCCCAUUAGACCCUGGGUGGGGGCUUACGGGCUGGCCCCAUCUUUGGGCCCUUCUUCUCCUUCCCCCUGCUUUUGGAGUUGUAACUCCAGAACUGCGGAUCCUUUUCCUCACCCGGCGCCCCUCUGGGAGGCUGGUGGGUGCAUGGACGCCUCCUGGGGGGUGGUCUGGGGGUCUGGCCUCUGCCUCCACGGGAGAGCCCUGAUCACUAGCAUUUACCGCCUGCAAAACCCAGGGCAACAAUAGCUUGCCGCCUACUUGCUGCAGGGAGAUGAAAGGCUUCGCGGAAAGUUUUGAGCUCCGUGGGGGAACGCACUAGAGAACCAGAAAAUGUGAUUAUUCGGUGAUAUAAAAAUCCCCCUUUUCUGGGUUUACCACCGCCUGUCUUCCUAUAGACUUUUGCUCUGUGCCUGGGGUGUAAAUUCCUACCCCAAACUGGAAGUGGGGAGUUGCAGACAGAACCACGACUUCAGUUAAAGGAUUUAUUCGAGAAUGUGUUCUUAUGCCUGCAAAGGUUGGAGUUAUUACGCUGCAUGACAACUUCUCGACAUUUCACCUACAACACCAAGAGGGUUUUCAUUGGCUUGGACCCCCCAAUGGGGGGGAGAAGCCUUUUGUCAUCAAGCAGGCACAUUGUUUCCCCAGGAUCGCUAAAAAUACCCACCGCGUGGGAACGGUCUGAGAUGAGAGCAUGUGGUGGGGUGCUGGGGCUAGAGCAGGUGAGAAGGGGCCCCAUGGACUCCCAGGGGAGCCUCCCACUGGAGUUCCUGGGCAGGGCUCCAAGCCCCAAAUAGGUCCCUUUGAUGCAUAACUGAUUCCACCCCAGGUGGGUACCGUCUGUCCAUCUCAGACCCAGCCACGUUGCUCCACCCCACUGAUGGGCCUCCACGGGCCUCUCCCUCCUGGUCCCCUCGCCCACCCUAGAACUGGCACCUGGAACAGUUGAGGGAACGUGGAGGAUGUCUUGCAGUCUUCCCCAUGCGAGCGCCUGGCUUCACCAUUCAGCCGGUGAGCAUCCUGUCUUGGGGGCGGGGCUGAGCAGCACAGGCACCAAUGGCACGCUGAUGGGCCUGGCUAGACUUGGAGGGACGCUGAGGGAGUUUUCUGGGGUGGAGAGAAUGGAGGGGACCAAAGAGAGUCCCUCCUGGGGUGGGAGGCUGUCCAGUUCAUUCCCUGGUCUCAGUGUGAGGCCAGUGCAUUGCCUCCGGGCAGGGCUGGGGAGGCUGGGCCCGGGGGAGGGGCUGGUUUAUGACAUCUGCUGACUGGUCUUGUGUGUGCCCCAUGCGACCCCUGCUAUCGUUGCCUGUGACUCCCUUGUUGUGAUAUGCAGGGGUUUUUUUAAAGUCUGAGCUAUUUUAUCAAUAAAGGGAUAUUUUGUAAUAA